GGAUGACUUAUUCUCAGACAAAGCUUCAUUCUUCUAAACUAAUUGAUAGAUUUGUUUCACAGAAUUUUAAACAUGAAGUACUUCGUAUCAAUUACACUUCUGUUAAUUUCAGCAAAAUCAACAGCAGCAUUUGCAGGAAGUUUUACUUCUGAAUGCGACUCUGAACACCGUUGCGAAAACGGAGGAACCUGCACUGGAAAAGGAUCAAUCAAAUACUGUGUAUGUCCUCCUCUGGUGUAUGGAUCUCGCUGCAACGUUGUUUUAUAUUGUGAGGCAGAAACGCUCUGCGCAGGUGUUAAGGAUGCCCGUUGUGUGUAUAACAUAGAAAGAGAAUCAGCAGAAUGCCAGUGUACAGAUCCUAAUAGAAUUUAUAAGGAUGGAAAGUGCGUAGAUUGCACUUGUGAGAAGGGAAACUGUGUUAAGGACAAGAAUGGUAGGUCAUUCUGCCAGUGCCCACCUGAAUAUGGAUUGUACGAUGUUGCAACUUGCAAAGAAUGCAACUGUGGCAAAGGAGCAGCUUGCACUUUCCAACCAGUUUUGUUCAGAGGAAUAAGCAAAACCUGCAUUUGCAAAGAAGGAUACAAAGAUGUUGAAGGCACUUGUACUGAUCAGUGCACUACUAAUCCUUGCCGCAAUGGUGGCACUUGUGUGAAUAGUUACGAAUGCAAAUGCCCAUCAGGUUACGUAGGUCCGAAAUGUGAAAGAAGAAAAGGCUGUGAAUGUGAAGAUGGCAAAUGCGUUAAUGAAGUCUGCACGUGCCCAAAAGGAUUUGGUCUUCGUCACAACACAAAAUGUUUAAAGUGCAACUGUGGUGAAGAUAACGGCUGCAAAUUUUCUGCCUUUUGGGGCAUUAAAACCUGUCAUUGUAAAGAAGGCUACAAAGAAAUCCAAGGAGUCUGUGUGGACUCGUGUCUCGUCAGUCCCUGUCAAAACGGAGGGACUUGUGAGAAUUCAUAUACUUGCAGAUGCUCAGCUGGGUACCGUGGUUUGAAAUGCGAAAUGAAAGAUUACUGUAGCAACGUUGGUUGCCAACAUGGUGGAACAUGUAGCAACACAGACGAAACAUUUUCCUGUAACUGUCAACUCCCUCAUAUCGGAAAGACAUGCCAGAAAGAAAUCUGUGACUUUAAUAUCUGCAGGAAUAAUGCAGCCUGUGAAUACAGAGAAGAUGUAAAUCAUUUUAAUCAGAAUGGACCUCUUGAUAUAUUCAUACACUCAUUCAUUGAAAAGUUUGUUAAAUGCAAUUGCACCUACCCAUAUAGUGGAAAAUAUUGCGAAAAACCACCAGGCACAUGUGACUCGAACCCAUGUCAGAACAAUGGAUUAUGUAUCGAAAAGGAUUCAGACACAGAGUGUAUGUGCCCACCACCUUUUGCCGGCAAAAACUGCGAAAUAGAUGUAUGCAGUUUAAAUCCUUGCAAGAACGGUGGCACGUGCAGAUUUAAUGGAUGGGAGUCUCUGAAAAACUGGGAGAAAGUAGUCACCUUUUGUGAAUGCAAAUUACCAUUCUUUGGAGAAUUUUGUGAGUUAGAUAUAUGCAGUUCAAAUCCCUGCCUGAAUGGGGGAAGUUGCAAAGUCGUCGGAAAUGUCUCGAAAUGCACCUGUAAGAAACCAUUUUUUGGAGAACAUUGCGAGAAGGAUCCUUGUACGCCAAAUCCCUGCAUGAAUGGCGGCAACUGUAAAAUUACUGGAGAAAAUUCAAUCUGUGACUGCAGGAGACCAUUUUCUGGAGAGCACUGCCAGUUGGAUCCUUGUAUGGCAAAUCCUUGCAUGAAUCGCGGUAAAUGUAAAGUUGUUGGAGAAAAUUUUACAUGUGACUGCAAAAAGCCGUAUUUUGGAAAAUAUUGCGAACAAAACCCAUGUACUCGAAAUCCUUGCAUGAAUGGCGGCAAUUGCGAAGUUGUUGGAGAAAAUGUAAAGUGUGAUUGUAUAAAACCGUAUUCUGGAGAGUUUUGUCAAAGUGAUCCUUGCAAACCAAAUCUCUGCACGAACGGCGGGAGCUGCGAGAUUAGUGGAGAAGCUGCAAUAUGCAUCUGUAGGAAGCCAUUUUUUGGAGAAUUCUGUGAAAUAGAUCUUUGCACACCCAAUCCUUGCAUGAAUGACGGCAGGUGUAGAGUACUCGGGGAAGAAGCAGUAUGUGAUUGUAAGACACCAUCGUCUGGACUGCGUUGUGAAAAAGAUCCUUGCACUGUAAAUCCUUGCAUGAAUGGCGGUGACUGUAGGGCAGAAGGACAAAAAGCAAAAUGUCUGUGCAGAAACGAUUUCACUGGCGACCGCUGCGAAAAAAAAAAAAGAGACAAAGAGAAGAAAAUAUCUUCCUCCCGACAAUUUUCGGAAGCGUAUUGUGCAUAUUCGUGAUCGUAUUCUCCUUGCUCAUUUGCAUAUUAUACCGAAGGAAACGGAGAAUUAAAUGAAGUCGAAGACUGUGACGACGCAUUUACAGAAGCAAGGAUAAAUGCCAAACCUUCAUGUUAUAUAUAUCACACUUUGUCAAAACUAGUGCUUAAGAGUCGGAAUAUUUUUCACUUGCUCCAGAUUCAUAAAACUGUAGUUUCUCUUUCAUGAUCACUGAUAAUAAAAACGAUAUUUCCAAUAAAAAA